AUGAGGAGCAUAACACGUCACUAUGUUGUAAGUGUACGUUAGCCUAUGUUUACAUUAGUCCACAGGACAAACAACACGUUCUUUUGUGUGUUUUCCUAGAACUUAAUACUGAGUGAAGAAAUUUUCCAAACACUCCGUGUUAACUCGGAGGACAUCACUGGCCGAAGUCGUCAAAGACAGAGUAAACAACAUUUAAUGAACAGUGACUCCGAUCGUUCGGAGGUAGACUUGAACGCCUCGCGGUCAAUGAACGCGUCAUCGCUGUGCUACGUAAAAGAAAACAGCAACUGCUGCUACUGCCACGGCUGCCGUUUAUACUGUACAGUCCGGGGUGCUUGUGUUGGUCCGGGAUAAGAAGUGUGGUUCCACACAGACUGAGGGAGACCGGCUGAAAACCUUCAUUCAUUGCCAUGCUGCUUCUCAGACGCUGUCUCAGCCUGACUGGAGCUGCUCCUUCAAACUGUCACAGGCACCUGCUAAUGCCUGCUGUGUGUGCAGCUCGUCUCUGGAGCAGCAGCAGCAGCGGCGGCCGUGGUGAUGGCGGUGAUGACCAGAGAACAUACCAGAACUCCCAUGGUUCCAGCUGGAUCCAUGGGCUGGCAGGUCUGCUGGCUGGUACAGGGGCUGUCCUGGCCUACGGCCUCCACCAGCACAAGCCACAGCGGGCAGACAGCAGCAGACGGCAGCCCACAGAGCAGACCUCCCCUCUCCCCGUCUUCAGCCAGGUGGAGGUCACCAAGCACCGCUCCCUGGAGGACGGCGUGUGGGUGACUUACAAAGGUGGCGUCUAUGACAUCACAGAGUUUGUGAACAAGCACCCGGGUGGAGAUAAAAUCAUGUUGGCAGCAGGUGGGGCUAUUGAACCCUUUUGGGCUAUGUAUGCUGUACACAACCAGGAGCAUGUGCUGGAGAUUCUUUCAGAAUACAAGGUUGGCGAACUCCGUGCAGAAGACCAGAAGAAGCAGGAUGCUGUUAAAUCAUCUGACCCGUACUCCACUGACCCAGAGCGACACCCUGUCCUCCACAUCAACAACCUCAAACCUUUCAACGCUGAGCCUCCUCCUGAGCUCCUCUCUGACAGCUACAUCACUCCCUCUGCUAUCUUCUUCAAGAGGAACCAUCUGCCUGUUCCUCAGGUGGAUCCAGCAACGUACCGACUCCAUGUGGAGGGACUGCCUGCAGGAGUGCUGACGCUCUCCUUAGAAGACCUGAAGACUAAAUUCCCCAAACACACCAUCACCGCCACACUGCAGUGUGCAGGGAACCGCCGCUCGGAGAUGAAUAAAGUGAAGCAGGUGAAGGGACUGAACUGGGGCAUCGCUGCCAUCAGCAACGCCACAUGGAGCGGAGCUAAACUCAGGGAUGUGCUGCUAGCAGCUGGCUACAGCCCAGACGUGGCCCAGUGGGCUCGACAUGUUCAGUUCGACGGCAUGGACAAAGAUGUAACGGGCAGCUCGUACGGAGCUUCCAUCCCUCUGAACAAGGCAGUUAGUGAGGACGGGGACGUGCUGCUGGCUUACGAAAUGAACGGUGAGGACAUCCCUGCCGACCACGGCUUUCCUGUACGUGUGGUGGUACCAGGUACGGUAGGGGCACGUAAUGUCAAAUGGUUAGGUAGGAUCAUAGUGAGCUCCGAGGAGAGCAGCAGCCACUGGCAGCAGAACGACUACAAGGGCUUCUCACCUGGUACAGACUGGGACACAGUUGACUUCAAGUCUGCCCCAUCCAUUCAGGAGCUGCCCAUCCAGUCUGCCAUUACCACACCAGCAGAGGGUGCUGUGAUCGAUCGCUCAGAAGAAGAGGUGACGGUGGAAGGCUACGCCUGGAGCGGUGGUGGCAGAGAGGUGGUACGUGUGGAUGUUUCUUUAGAUGGAGGAAAAACAUGGCGGGUGGCCCAACUGAGGACAAGUGACAGGGGGCAGGAACCCCAACCCUCACCUCCACCAGGUCGAGCCUGGGCCUGGAAGCUGUGGGAGGUGACGGUGCCUAUUCCUCCAGAAACCCAGGAACUGGAAAUCAUUUGCAAGGCAGUGGACGAUAGUUACAACACACAGCCAGACACCGUGGCCCCCAUCUGGAACCUGAGGGGAGUCCUGAGUAACGCCUGGCACAGAGUGAAGGUAAAGAUCACGGAGGACGAGGACGAGGAAUAGACUCAACCCUUUCUUAGAUUCAGAAGUCAAAGUGUGAACUUGGUCUACCAGUCAAGUUUUUACUUUCUCUGUAAGUCUGUACAUUUUUAAGCUUCAAGGUUUUUCAGGUAACCCUUGUGAGGUUUACAACAUUGAAACAAACAGAAAACUGUGAAGGUCUAAACCGGGGGCUCGAGGGGACAAGGACCAGACUAACAUGAUCUACCUACAGUGAAAAUUCAAUUCAUCUUUACUCAAAUAAGCUAACCAUGCUUCAUUUAUACAUUAUAUUGUGGGACUGAUUAAAUGCAUGUAGCUUUAUGGCACAAUGUGAUUUAAUUCUUACAGUAUAUGGUCACUACUACAGAAUAACACUUGGGUUUUAUUUGUUUUAUUUUAAUUGCUCAUGGUCUCCCAGCACUCCCUCUGUGAUCUACUGCCAGAUCCUGAUCUGCUUAUUGGUUGUCCCUGGUCAUAAAACAUGACAUUGUGUUGAGUGUAGUGACAUCUAGUGGUAAAGUUUUAGUUAGAAAUUUUUCACCUCACUUUUUUUAUUCAAGCAUGAAGGAGAACAUCAAAAAGUUUCAAGACAUAUAGGAAUAACAACUUAUAAAUAUAUAAAUGGUAAAACAUGUCUUUGAAUUUUCUGACUUAUAGUUUGUUCAAGUCUUAAAAUCUCACAGUGUCUCACAAAUUUUACACAGUGAGUCUUUAUUUGCUGUUUGUAUUAUGUGUUGAUUUGUGUUUAACAUGUGUUAAUGUGUCUGUGACAAAUGCUGAUCAGAAUUUCAAAACUACAAACAUAUUAAAUGAAGGCUUUGGUUUUUAAUUAUUAUUUUUAUGGUCAACUGGAAGUAAUAAAGACCGGAAUAUUCCAGAAGACUUGACACUGGGCGUUGGUGAGGUUUCGCUCGUUGCAAAGGUCUGUGCAUUCCUUUUGCACUAUUUUGACCUGAUGUGUGCAGAGCACACACUUUCAAGUUUUCUGUCAGCUUUCUGAGAAGUGCAAACAGUCCAACGACAGGCCAAUCAGAGCACUGGAAAACCAGUUUCAUCAUCCCUACAGGAUCCUAAAAAGGACACAUGAGUUUACAGUAGAGUGACAGAUAAUAAGGGGCAGCAGAUAUUUUUGUUGUGGAAGUGUUUUGCUGUUUCAGACGCUCAGUGUGUGUCCAGACUGGUUUUAACAACGGAGUUUCUGACGAAGGUUCACAGUUGGUUGAACAUAAUUAAUAUAUCAUUACUGCCAUUGUUGAAUUCUACCUCAAACCGGCACAUUAUGUCUUUGUUGUUUUUUUCCUCCUGGGACAGAGUUGUUUUACGUUUCUGUAUUUCUUUUUAGUCUGGGUUUUCUCAGUCUGACAGGAAGAUGAAGGAGGACUUCACACAUCUGUGGCGAGGGCCCUGUUGUCCCACAGUCUGCCCUGGAUCCUCUGCUGAGUGUAUUUCUGACACGCUAUUAUAGUCAAAUUUAAGUUGUCCUGCACACAGUGCCUUGAUGUUUCUACAAAAGACUGAGUCAGACAGGACUAGUUACAGAUGUCAGAAGAUUAAAAACAAGCCUUUGAGUGGGAUCAAAAGAUGAAAUUAAACCAUUUAUCUAGAUCAACAAUAAAUGCAUCAGUUGACAUGCUGUGUUCCUGUAGUUGUAUUUGUGUGAAACAUUUCAAAACAGAUGAUUAAAGAGUGACUGUGUUGUCCUGAUGACUAUGACAAACCUCUGUGAUUUAGGUUUAAAUAAAACAUUUCUUUUCAGGCA